UUCGAUUAUUGAACCUAACUCCGCGCUCAUUCGCUGAGUAUUGCCAAGCGUUUACGCGGGAGAGCUUCGAAGGCAGAUUAAAAGGCCUAACCUCAAAUUUGCGUGCCUGAUCUUCGAAAACGAAAUAACAAGUGUUUGUCUAUAAAUUUUAUUUCUUUGAUAACAUGGAACUUUUUGACGAUCCCGUUUUUAAAACCAAGUAUUUGAAGAAUAAGGUACGUGUGAAACGAUGGGAAAGCGAUUUUAUGGAAAAAUACGGACGCAGACCCAAUAAGAAUGACAUAAAGGAAGCAGAUAUAUCUAUCAAGGAGGCAUAUAAGAUAUAUUGGAAAUUGAAAACACGUGCUCUAGAGGAAACUCUUACAGAUAUUACUUUUUGUGAUGAUAUGCAAGACAAUAUCUCUAACAAAUCACCACAGAAGUUAAUAAAUAAUCAAAAACAAGACAAAAAUCCAAGUCCAGAAAAAGUUAUAAAAGAUACCGAAAAUAUAAAUCCUCAUAAUAGCAAAUGUUCUAUGGAAAUUGAAGAUUCCUUCAAGCAGUCCAAUAUCAAGGAGGAUUCAAAUACACUAAACAUUGAAGGAAUCUGGGGUAAUCAUUUGAAUAAAACUAAAGAACCAAAGAAACAAGCCUUGUUAGUUGGUAGAUCUUCUUCUUUCCAAUUGUCUAGAAAUAAGUUUGAAAGCUCAACCUUUACUAAACGAAAUCCGAGAAAAUCAUUAUCAUCAAUCAAAAUAAAAGAUAAGUCUGAAAAUAAUAUCUUGAAUAACUCAAGUGUUGAUCGAAUGGAUUCGGAUAGCAAAGAUAGCUUUGAUGUAGCAGCUAUUGAGACAAAGCCCAUAUUUGGUGAAUCAAUAAAUGUAACAUUUGAGAGAAAUAAACCUGUUAUUUCACGCUCAAUUAAUACUGUUCAACAACUGAUCGAUGGUCAUGUAACUGACGUAAGUCGCAAUUUGAAUCAAGGUUGGCUGGAUCGAUGCACAAAAGAGAGUAAUAUGGAAGUAAUGAUCAACUCUCAGAGACUCUCAGGCACCAGCGAUUCUGGUGUAGAGUCCAUGGAAUCUAGUAUUUAUUCCCCUAAGGAUUUGGCCACUGUAAAUUCUAUUUCGUCACUUCAAAUCUCUGACGAGGAAGAUUUUAUAUGCGUCAGUGAUUCCGAAGAAGAACGCAAAAAUAAACGCAUCAGAAAUUUAAAGAAACGACAAAGCGAUGAAGACGAUCAUCCCGCGAAGCGUCAAUGUGUCGAAAUCAAUUCCGAUUCUAUGACCGUUGAAUCUAAUGAUAUAAUCGAUAACGAUACAUUCAAGCUGACUUCCAAUGUCAAUAAGAGUUUUAAUUUAUUGCCUGGAGAUAAAUAUAAUACGGACAAAACUGACAAUGAUAAUGCAUUUAAAUUGAUUAACGAUGUUAACAAAAGCACCAAUACAGUGAACAAAUCAAUUAGAAUUGAAAGAAAUACAGUUAUUUUGGAUUCGAACAUUACAAUGAAAACUGAGAACGAUCAAACAACAGUAUCCGUAAUGCAUACCAUUCCAAAAUCAGCAGAUCUCAAUCGAAAGGACUCGAAAUCCGACAAGAAAUCAGUGAAACAACGUGUAUCACAUCGGAAAGUAAAACAAAUGUCAUCUGACAAUUCUUAUGUUGAUUAUAUGGAAGAGAAAGAUAAAAAAAUUAAGACGAGAGUAAAGACAAAAGUUGCCCGGACAUGUACCAUAAAGAAAUCCACAAGUCAACGAAGUAAAGAAAAGACAAACGACAGUGAAGAAAAAUCUGAGACGAUUGAUGAAGAGCAAAGCUCAAACUCAGGAAAGAAGAACAUUCCGAUAUAUGGUGUAGAAAUGUUGCAAACGAUCCCUCGAUUCGCGAUGAAAUCAACUGGACCUGGCAAUCUCGUCACGCAGUUUUCCGAAAAUAUGUGCAUCGAUACAGAAAAAAGAGAAACCCCCAUAUCCUCGAUAGCAAGCACGAAAUUGAUUGCAAAGGAGAAACUAGAGAAAAAAAUAGCUGCCGGAACGAUGAAUGACAAUUUCAUCAGGAUAAAUCUGAAGAAAAAAGUAUUCGUGCGAGGUAAGAAGAGUUUCAACUUAAUCAAGCAUAAGAGGAAUCAAUGGAAGCAAAGGAAGAAGGAAUUGGCGUCUAGUGAAAGCAAUCUGGAUGCAGCUGACCUAAUCGACAAAAAUGGUAUGACGUGCUUUAAAUGUGGCGAAUUUGGACAUUUUGCUCGAAACUGUUCAGUUUCCAAAGGUGACAUUCUUUUACCUUUGGAAGAAAUUGAUGAUUCGUCACACUUUCCAACUCUGGAGGAAGCAGAAAAGAUGGCGAAUGAAAACGCUGUUGUGGCUCAUAGUCACAGGAUUGAACGGCUUCCCGAAAGACCAUCUUAUUCCGUUGCGAAAACUUCGCGGAAUGAAAAAGAAGACCUGACGGAAUUAUUCAAUGAUGACUUUGUGGAUUUUGAUAAGAAGACUGAUACGUUAAGUUUUGGACAUAAAGUACCACAGGAGUUGGUAUCUCAACUAUUACCACCUGAGAUGAAAGCGAUCGAUCCGCUAUAUACUAUAAAUGAAGAUGGUAGUCUUGCCGAAACCCCCUUGGAAGUUUUCAAUGUAUUACAUAUGUUUGGCCAUCAAAGUUUCAGAGCCGGCCAAGAGAAAGCAGUGAUGAGGAUCCUGUCUGGCCAGUCUACCCUGGUGACGCUAUCGACAGGUUCCGGAAAGUCUUUGUGUUAUCAAUUGCCGGCGUAUUUAUAUGCUCAACGUUCUCGUUGUAUCACUCUUGUAAUUUCACCUUUAGUGUCUUUGAUGGACGACCAAGUGGCGCGAGUACCAUCUUUUCUAUCCGCCGCGUGCUUGCACACCAGUCAAACACAGAAAGUAAGGGAACAAGUGAUGCAAUCGGUGAAGGAUGGCAAAGUAAACAUUUUGUUGGUAUCACCGGAAGCAGUGAUAGCCGGCGAGAAAUCCACUGGUUUCGGCGCUCUCCUCAGACAAUUACCGCCAAUCGCAUUUGCUUGUAUCGACGAGGCUCACUGUAUCUCCCAAUGGUCGCAUAAUUUCCGACCUUCCUAUCUGAUGGUUUGCCGAGUACUUAAGGAGAAGUUGGGGGUAAAAACAGUGUUAGGACUUACGGCGACUGCUACGAAAACGACGGCAGAAAGUAUAAUAAAACAUCUAGACAUAUGCGAUGGAAUGGCUGGUGUCAUAUCGGAUGUUCCCUUGCCAAGAAAUCUCAUCCUGACAGUGUCCAAAGAUGAGAAUAAGGAUCAAGCUUUGAUUGCAUUAUUGAAGAGCAAGAGAUUCCACGAAUGUAACUCUGUGAUAAUUUACUGUAUUCGUAGGGAAGAAUGUGCGAGAAUCGCAGGAUUGUUAAGAAUAUCGUUGCAAGAUCCGCGGAAUCCUGAAAAACCAAACGCAAAAAUAUCUACAAUAGCGGAAGCUUAUCACGCCGGUAUGACGGCUCAUAGACGCAAAAUUGUGCAAAAAGAAUUUAUGAACGGGAAAAUUAAAAUCGUAGUUGCUACUAUUGCAUUCGGAAUGGGUAUUAAUAAAUCGGACAUUCGAGCUGUCAUUCAUUACAAUAUGCCUGGUACUUUCGAAGGAUACGUACAGGAAGUCGGGCGUGCUGGAAGAGACGGUAUCACGGCACAUUGUCACUUGUUCUUGAAUCCUACGCAAAACAGUGAUAAAUGGGAAUUGCGCAGACACGUACACGCGAAUGGUGUCGAUAGGCAUACGAUUAGACAUCUACUCCAAAAAAUUUUUAUUCCUUGUUCUUGUACAAAAAUUAACGAGAAGGAUUCAAAUCGAAGAUGUCCUGGUCACGAAGUAGCUAUUUCGAUCGACGAGACAGUUCAAGCUCUUGACAUCACGCAGGAAACAAUUUCGACAUUAUUGUGCUAUCUCGAAUUACAUCCAAAAAGAUUUGUCACUGUUCUAUCAUCUGUAUACAUUCGAGCGCGAGUUUCAAGUUACAAAGGAUCGCAAGCUCUUAAACAAGCUGCGCAAUAUUCUCCACCGCUCGCAAUGGCAAUAGCAUUAGAUAUGAAAAAUGGGAUUUCACACGAAGAUAGUAAUGUUAUAGAAUUCCCAGUAAUCGAUGUUGCAUCAGCUAUUGGUUGGGAUAGCGGCGUAGUCAAGAGUCAUCUUAAGACUUUAGAAUGGACGACAGGAAUUGACGGAAGAAUGAAACGUUCGGCUAUAUCCGUACAGUAUGAUAAACUUGGUUUACGGGUGAAAGCACCGGGUGAUCUUACCGACUCUGAACUAGACGAGGCGCUUGAUGCAUUGAUUGCACGCACUCAAUGUCAAGAAUCUUCAUGUCUGCAGCAGCUCGAACUCAUAUCCUCCGCGCUUAAUAAAAUCAGUAUGUCAUCGAUCAAGAAUUGCUCAGUUUUGAACGAUGAUAUUAUGAAAAAAUCAGAAGAGCUCAAAGGCAUUAUCAGACAAUAUUUUCAAUCAGAUUCUUUAAAUGAUUUCGACAUUAUUUUUCAGAAUGAACUGCCAAAUGAACAACAAAUCGCAGUCGAUGUUCGCAAUUUGAUAAUACGUUAUAGAGAUACCAAAUUCACUGGUCGUGCCGUAGCCCGUAUCUUUCAUGGAAUACAAAGCCCGAAUUAUUCCGCGGUGAUUUGGAGCAGAUGCCGUUUCUGGAGGAUUCAUAUCGCUGUAGAUUUUAAUACAAUUUGCAAAAUCGCGACCAGAGAAAUUCUAGCGUUACGAUAACGGAAUCGGUUAACGAAACAAUAACAGAAUUAAUAUGCGUUAUAUUCAAUCUAAUUAAUUAUCGUAUUAAUUUGAACAUUCAGUUUUAAUUCUCAUCGAAAUGAAUCAAUGGACAAAAAAGUUUUAGAUUUGCUCUUUAAAAGAUAUUUCAUUCUCAUUGAAAUAAACAUUAUAUAUAUUGAUCAAAGUUUAUAGUAAAAUAUAAUUGAUCAAAGUUUAUUAGAACAGUGAAUUUUGUAACAAGAUGUACACUUAACAA